AUGAAUGUUUUUUCCCUUCUUCUUCUGUGCCCGCGGACCGCCGUCCGUCCUCCAUGACACUUCUGUCUUCAUGUGAGCGAGCAACAACGCGUCCAUCUCACCAACGCCGCCAUCCAACUUCCUGUACGAGCCCGCCACGUGCACGCGCGCGCGCCCCCCUCCAUUACCACGACGACACGCACGCCGCGGUGGGCGCGCACUCGAGUGUGUGGGGGCGCGCACGGGAGCUCGCUGCCAGGACAGAGAUGUAGUGUGUGUGGAGCAUCAUGCACCUCCUCCUCCUCCUGCUGCUGAUGACCCUGCACCCCCCCACAGCCAGCGCACAGAUUGAUCCAGCGCACUGUCGCUAUGCCUUGGGCAUGGAGGAUGGGCGGAUCAAGGAUGAUGACAUCACAGCUUCCAGCCAAUGGCACGAGACCACAGGGCCGCAGUACGCCAGGUUGAACCGUGAAGAGGGCGACGGCGCCUGGUGUCCCGAAGGUCAACAGGAAGCUACCGACUCCCAGUUCCUGCAGGUGGACCUGCGGCGUCUCACCUUCCUGACGGUGGUGGCCACUCAGGGGCGCUACGCCAGGAACGGCAUCGAGUUCGCCCACGCCUACAGCCUCAACUACAGCCGGGACGGUGUCACCUGGAAGUCAUGGACCGACCGCCUGGGAACCACGGUGAUGGAAGGCAACAAGAACGCUUACGAGCCCGUCAUCAACGACCUGCACCCCCCGGUGGUCACGCGCUGGGUGCGCCUCAUCCCGCUCACCGAGCUGUCCACCGUCUGCAUGAGGGCGGAGCUUUACGGCUGCCCGUGGGAGGACGGCCUGAUCUCCUACAGCGCCCCCGAGGGUCAGCUGAUGGCGCCGCCCGGCUCCCCCGUGGCCAGCCUGAACGACUCCACCUACGACGGCGUGCACGAGAAGAGGAAGUUGUAUGGCGGGCUGGGCCAGCUGACGGACGGCGUGACGGGCCUGGAUGACUUCCUGAUGACGCGCCAGUACCACGUGUGGCCCGGCUACGACUACCUGGGCUGGAAGAACCAAUCGCUGGGCGGCGGCGGACACGUGGAGAUGGAGUUUGUCUUCGACCGGCAGAGGAACUUCACCUCCAUGAAGGUGCACAGCAACAACAUGUUCGCUCGAGGCGUCAAGAUCUUCUCCUCCGUCUCCUGCUGGUUCAAGCCCCGCCUGCUCGCUAACUGGGAGGCGGAGCCUGUGGUCUUCAACACGGUGCUGGACGACCGCAACCCCAGCGCCCGCUACGUGACCGUGCCGCUGGAGCGCCGCACCGCCGUGUCGCUGCGCUGCCGCUUCUACUUUGCUGACCUGUGGAUGAUGUUCAGCGAGAUCUCCUUCCAGUCGGAAGACUUCAUCUUAGCCGCCACGCCGCCAUCAGCAAGUGACCACAGCACCGUCACGGCCACGCCCGCCGCCAAUCCCUCCGCCAGCGACGCGCCAGAUGACGGCAAGACGCCCGUUCUGAUUGGCUGCCUGGUGACCAUCAUCCUGCUGCUGGUCAUCAUCAUCUUCCUCAUCCUGUGGUGCCAGUACGUGUGCAAGGUCCUGGAGAAGGCUCCACGCAGGAUCCUGGGCGAGGAGGUGAGGGUGCGCCUGUCGUCCUGCAGCGACACCAUCAUCCUGCAGACCCCCCCUGUGCCCCCUCGCUCUGGACACGCCCCCGCAGACCCCGCCCAAACCGACCCUCACUACGAGAGGGUGUUCCUGUUGGACCCUCAGUACCAGAACCCGGUGGCGCUGAGGAACAAGUUGCCGGAACUCUCCCAGAGCGCGGAAGCCUCAGCGUGCGGGGGGGGCUACGCCGAGCCCGACAUCACCCAGUGCACGCCGCACCAGUGUUUCCAUAGCAACGCCCCCCACUACGCGGAGACGGACAUCGUGCGUCUGCAGGGCGUGACGGGCAGCAACAUGUACGCCGUGCCCGCCCUCACCGUGGACUCGCUCACCAGGAAGGACAUCUCUGCCUCCGAGUUCCCGCGGCAACAGCUGAUCUUCCGGGAGAAGCUGGGGGAGGGGCAGUUUGGAGAGGUCCACCUGUGCGAGGCCGAGGGGCUGGCGGAGUUCCUGGGCGAGGGGUCGCCCCUCCCUGACAGAGACGGGCGCGCCGUGCUGGUGGCGGUGAAGCAGCUGAGGGCGGACGCCACCAACCAGGCCAGGAACGACUUCCUGAAGGAAAUCAAGAUCAUGUCGCGCCUCAACGACCCCAACAUCAUCCGGCUGCUGUGCGUGUGCGUGACCUCCGACCCCCUGUGCAUGGUGACGGAGUACAUGGAGAACGGCGACCUCAACAUGUUCCUGUCGCAGCGUGAGAUGGAGAGCACGCUGACGCACGCCAACAACAUCCCCUCUGUCAGCCUGUCGGACCUGCUGCACAUGUCGGUGCAGAUCUCCUCGGGGAUGAAGUACUUGGCCUCGCUCAACUUUGUGCACCGAGACCUGGCCACCAGGAACUGCCUGCUGGACCGCCGCCUCACCAUGAAGAUCUCCGACUUUGGCAUGAGUCGCAACUUGUACAGCAGUGACUACUACCGCAUCCAGGGCAGGGCCGUGCUGCCCAUCAGGUGGAUGGCCUGGGAGAGCAUCCUGCUGGGUAAGUUCACCACGGCCAGCGACGUUUGGGCCUUCGGAGUCACCUUGUGGGAGAUCUUCACGCUGUGCAAGGAGCAGCCCUACAGCCUGCUGACUGACGAGCAGGUCAUAGCCAACACUGGCGAGUUCUUCAGGAACCAGGGCAGACAGGUGUUCCUGUAUGCUCCUCCCCUGUGCCCCCCCUCCCUCUUUGAGCUGAUGAUGCGUUGCUGGAGGCGGGACAUCCCUGACAGGCCCACCUUUGAGGGUCUCUACCAGGCCCUCAAGCCUCACGUCAGCCAGUCAGUCCCCACUAGUCCCCGCUAGUCCCCACUAGUCCCCACUCGCUGACCUUCAACAAGGACAAGAAAAACUCUUUAUUUUUAUUUUUUAUUCUCCUCGUUUUGGUCCAAAAGUGGCCUCCUCAUUCCUGUGGUUCUUCUUCUUCUACUUCUAUUACUACUUCUUCUUCUUCUUCUUCUUAUUGUAAAGCACUGUCUGUGUGUGUGUGUGUGUGUGUGUGUGUGUGUGUGUGUGUGUGUGUGUGUGUGUGUGUGUGUGUGUGUGUGUGUGUGUGUGUGUGUGUGUGUUGACUAACCACACUGGAGGCAGGAUUGAUGUCACCCAGCAAGGUGUCAUGUGUUCAUCACCUCACUCUCAUGUCCUCACUCAGCCCAAAUGUGACUUCAAUGCAAGUAGUACUGUCUAGUCAGUAGUGCUUAGGGUUGCAUCACAUAGUACAUCUAGGACACAUGUCUAGGAUGAUGAGUUAAGGUCACAUAGUACAUCUAGGACACAUGUCUAGUAUGAUGAGUUAAGGUCACAUUGUACAUUUAGGACAGUUGUUCUAGUGUGAUGAGUUAAGGACACAUAGUACAUCUAGGACAUGUGUGCUAGUAUGAUGAGUUAAGGUCACAUAGUACAUUUAGGACAUGUGUGCUAGUAUGAUGAGUUAAGGUCACAUAGUACAUCUAGGACAUGUGUGCUAAUAUGAUGAGUUAAGGUCACAUAGUACAUCCAGGACAUGUGUGCUAAUAUGAUGAGUUAAGGUCACAUAGUACAUCUAGGACAUGUGUGCUAGUAUGAUGAGUUAAGGUCACAUAGUACAUCUAGGACAUGUGUUCUAGUAUGAUGAGUUAAGGUCACAUAGUACAUCUAGGACAUGUGUGCUAGUAUGAUGAGUUAAGGUCACAUAGUACAUUUAGGACAUGUGUGCUAGUAUGAUGAGUUAAGGUCACAUAGUACAUCUAGGACAUGUGUGCUAAUAUGAUGAGUUAAGGUCACAUAGUACAACUAGGACAUGUGUUCUAGUAUGAUGAGUUAAGGUCACAUAGUACAUCUAGGACAUGUGUUCUAGUAUGAUGAGUUAAGGUCACAUAGUACAUCUAAGACAUGUGUUCUAGUAUGAUGAGUUAAGGUCACAUAGUACAUCUAGGACAUGUGUUCUAGUAUGAUGAGUUAAGGUCACAUAGUACAUCUAAGACAUGUGUUCUAAUGUGAUGAGUUAAGGUCACAUAGUACAUCUAGGACAUGUGUGCUAAUAUGAUGAGUUAAGGUCACAUAGUACAUCUAGGACAGGUCUUGUAGUAUGAUAAGUUCAGGUGACAUAGUACCUCUAGGGCAUGUGUUCUAGUGUGAUGAGUUAAGGUCACAUAGUACAUCUAGGACAUGUGUUCUAGUAUGAUGAGUUAAGGUCACAUAGUACAACUAGGACAUGUGUUCUAGUAUGAUGAGUUAAGGUCACAUAGUACAUCUAGGACAUGUGUUCUAGUAUGAUGAGUUAAGGUCACAUAGUACAUCUAAGACAUGUGUUCUAGUAUGAUGAGUUAAGGUCACAUAGUACAUCUAAGACGUGUUCUAAUGUGAUGAGUUAAGGUCACAUAGUACAUCUAGGACAUGUGUGCUAAUAUGAUGAGUUAAGGUCACAUAGUACAUCUAGGACAGGUCUUGUAGUAUGAUAAGUUCAGGUGACAUAGUACCUCUAGGGCAUGUGUUCUAGUGUGAUGAGUUAAGGUCACAUUGUACAUCUAGGAUGAUGAGUUAAGGUGACAUAGUACAUCUAUGACAACUGUUGUAGUGUGAUGAGUUAAGGUCACAUAGUACAUUUAGGAUGAUGAGUUAAGGUCACAUAGUACAUUUAGGAUGAUGAGUUAAGGUCACAUAGUACAUCUAGGACAGGUGUUGUAGUGUGAUGCGUUAAGGUGACAUAGUACAUCUAGUAUGAUGAGUUAAGGUGACAUAGUACAUCUAGUAUGAUGAGUUGAGGUGACAUAGUACAUCUAGGACAGGUGUUGUAGUGUCAUGAGUUGAGGUGACCUAGUACAUCUAGGAAAGGUGUUGUAGUGUCCUGAGUUGAGGUGACCUAGUACAUCUAGGACAGGUGUUGUAGUGUCCUGAGUUGAGGUGACAUAGUACAUCUAGGACAGGUGUUGUAGUGUGAUGAGUUGAGGUGACAUAGUACAUCUAGUAUGAUGAGUUAAGGUGACAUAGUACAUCUAGUAUGAUGAGUUAAGGUGACCUAGUACAUCUAGGACAGGUGUUGUAGUGUCCUGAGUUGAGGUGACAUAGUACAUCUAGGACAGGUGUUGUAGUGUCCUGAGUUGAGGUGACAUAGUACAUCUAGGACAGGUGUUGUAGUGUGAUGAGUUGAGGUGACCUAGUACAUCUAGUAUGAUGAGUUAAGGUGACAUAGUACAUCUAGGACAGGUGUUGUAGUGUGAUGAGUUGAGGUGACCUAGUACACCUAGGACAGGUGUUGUAGUGUGACAUGUAUGAAAAAGGUAAGUAGGUGUGACAAGAAAUGUUAUGAUGAUUUGUGUGCUUGUUUGGUGUGAUUCCUCCUCUAGUACAUAGUACACAUGCAUUGUACAUAGAAUAGUACCAAUAGUGUAUAUUAAUAUAUGUUCUAAUCUCAUCUUGGAAUAAAUACACACUUUGACUCUUA